GGGUAGGAGAGGCAAGUGUAGGGGAGUGAAAGAAGCUCAGAAUGGCUGGGGGAAGGGGCAAGGGCCAGAUCCCAGUGUAAGGAUGCCUAGGCUGCAGGUGGGGCUGAACUGGAGGCCAAGGGCAAGGGCCCUUGGGGAUUCAGUGGAGCUUCAGUAGGAGGCCAGGUUGAGGUUGGAGAGUGAGUAAGUGCAGAGGAGGGCCCCAGGCUGGGGCCUCAUGACCCUACAAAGCUUCAGUUCUGGGAAAGGGGAAGCUGUGGAGACCUGGGUGGUGUCACAGCUUCCUCUUUCUCUGAGGCCUCCAGGGCUGCAUGUCCCUGGGGCUCCGCUGCCCUGGUUAGUUGGUUUUCUUCCAGGGAAUUUCUGGUUCUAAUUGUUUGGGCAUUUUUGGAGAUGGGGGUGGGUUGCAUGUUAGGAAGCUUGCUCCCCCUCAACCUGUUUUGUGGAGGCCUCCCGCUCCAGACACUGCUGGGGGAGGGCUUUGUGGUGAAUGAGACAGACAUCCCUGCCCUUGCUGCUGUCGGGGUGGGGUAGGGGGAGCAGCGCUGAACAAGUAAGCAAACAAAUACUUAAUUACAAACCUGAGCCAAGGUGCAGAGGGAAAGAAGGGAGUGAUGGGGAGGAAAUCACAAGACCUUCCUCAGGCUCGUUACCUCAUUUAAACCUAAUCACGGUCUUGCCCUGGGAGACAAAUAUCCCCAUCUUGCAGAUGAAGAUACUGAGACCCAGCAAGGUGUAGCAGGGGCUCCGGUCCCACAGGGAGUUGGUGGCAAUGGGGACAGGCCCAGGUUAGACUUCUGGGAGGAGUGGCCUCUAGGCUUACUUCCUCCUCUGCCCCUGGGACCCUGUUGGGUGUUUCUCCUCUGUCUGGAGCACUGGGCCCUGAGAGGAGGCUCCCUGCUGUGGGCCUGGGUCUGCUCAGCCACCUUGACAGCCUUCUUCCAGGAGGCUCUCUGGAGGCCUUGGAAGGUCACUGACUUCCUGGCCUUAGGACUAGGCAGAGAGGUGGGGAUGGAGCCUUCACGGACACUCAGCCAGCUGAGGGACUUUGAUCCGAACUUACUUUUCAGUCAAGAUUUCAGGACUCCAGGCUUAGAGAUACUGGAGUCCUGGUGGGACAGGGGGUGCCGAAGGGCAGGUCAGAGCGGCAGGUGCUGCCCUGUGUGUACACGGAGGGGGUUCUGGGUGGCCUACCAUGGGCCGCCUGACCGGACAGGUUCAUCGGGGGCUCAAUCUAGCUGAGUGAGGGGGCUGGGAGUGCAGCUGUAAGCAGACUCCGGCAGCCAGACUGGAGUAAGUACCAGUUUGGGGUAAUUAGAAGGCACGUAAUUAGAAGGCGUCAGGGCGCUAGGCGGCAAGUGUCUGUGAAUAUGCCUGAGUGGGCCCUUGCUGGCUUUGGACCCCUGGAAGACUUUCCUCCUGGAAGUCUCAAGAUCACGGUUCCCCAUCGGCCUGGAGGCUGGUGACUCCUGGGGCCCGAGGAUGAAGCUGAGCCUGCCACACUGGCCCCUGUCCUGCCUUUUUGUGCUGCUGCGCUGGCCUCUGGCCACUCCAACAUCAAGGACCCUUUGGCGGUGCCCACCUGGGGAGGAGCCCAGCCUGGACCUGGGGCAGGGCACAUUAUGCAGGUCCUGUCCCCCCGGCACUUUCUCUGCUUCAUGGGGCCCUGGCCCAUGCCAGCCCCACGCUCGCUGCAGCCCUCGAGGGAGGCUGGAGGCCCAGGCAGGCACAGCGACUCGAGACACCCUAUGUGGAGACUGCCAGCCUGGGUGGUUUGCCACUUCAGGGGUCCCCCUUGUCUCCUGUCAGCCGUGCUCCUGGACACCUCUGGGUACUCGCAGCUGUUAUGAGCGGGGACGACGGGCCCGACGUGGUGUGGAGGUGGCAGCAGGGGCCAGCAGUGCUGGGGAUACGCGGCAGCUUGGGAAUGGCACGCGGGCAGGUGGCCCUGAGGAGACAGCUGCCCAGUAUGCGGUUAUUGCCAUCGUGCCUGUCUUCUGCCUCAUGGGGCUGCUGGGCAUCCUGGUGUGCAACCUGCUCAAGCGGAAAGGCUACCACUGCACGGCCCACAAGGAGGUUGGGCCCGGCCCUGGAGGUGGAGGCAGCGGGAUCAACCCCGCCUACCGGGCUGAGGACGCCAAUGAGGACACCAUUGGGGUCCUAGUACGCCUGAUCACCGAGAAGAAAGAGAAUGCCGCGGCCCUGGAGGAGCUGCUGAAGGAGUAUCACAGCAAACAGCUGGUGCAGACCAGCCACAGGCCCGUACCCAGGCUGCCGCCGGGUCCCCCCAGCAUGCCACACGUCUGCCCACAUCGUCAUCACCUCCACACCGUGCAGGGCCUGGCUUCACUCUCUGGCCCCUGCUGCUCCCGCUGUAGCCAGAAGAAGUGGCCUGAGGUGCUGCUGUCCCCUGAGGCCGCAGCUGCCACUACUCCUACUCCCAGACUCCUGCCCAACCCGGCCAGGGCUCCCAAGGCUGGGGCCAAGGCAGGACGCCAGGGCGAGAUCACCAUCUUGUCUGUGGGCAGGUUCCGAGUGGCCCGAAUUCCUGAGCAACGGUCAAGUUCAGCGGCCUCUGAAGUGAAGACUGUCACAGAGGCUGGGCCCUCAGGGGGUGCUCUCCCUGGCUCCCCACAACCUGGCCUCCCCACUGAGCAGCAGGCACUGCUGGGAAGUGGCGGAAGCCAUACUAAGUGGCUGAAGCCCCCAGCAGAGAACAAGGCUGAGGAGAACCGCUAUGUGGUCCGGCUAAAUGAGAGCAACCUGGUCAUCUGAUGGUCUAUCUCAUCUGAGAACAUGGCAGCCCUGCCCUAGGAGGUUCUGAAGGCUUCCUGGAGGAGGUAGAGCUGCAGCUGGGCGUGUGAGGACCAAGAAGUAAUGGCCCAGCAGACAGAACAGCAAAGGCCAAGGCCUGGAGGUGGGAGCGUCCGCCCCAGUGAGGAGGCAGGCCAGCUGGCGGGUGCUGUGUGCAGGAGCAGGUUGAGAGCCCCUCCCCUGUCCCUGCCACCCAGUUUUUUCUCUGAAGGAUGCCCUGUGCCCUAGCCUGGCCAGAUCCUGGGACCCUGCAGGAUCCUCUGUAUCACUAAGUGGCAAGGCCUUGGCCUGGUGGGGAGGGGCCCUCUGCCUGGUGCUCCUGGCCCCACACCUUGGUAAUUAGCUGCCCUUGCCUCUGUACAGGGCCCUAGUACGGACCUCUCCUGCCUCUUCUAGUGGGCCCAGUAAAGGGAAGGAGCAACAAAAAGCCAUGGGCUGGAGACUUGAGUUCCCAGGCUCUAACCAUGGGCAAGUCCCUGGCCAUCACCUGGUUAUAAUUCUUCUGACCAUGAAGUGGGAAAAGAAAGGCAUCUCAGGGCGCAGGGCUUCUCCAGUUACUUGGCAGGUUCUGGCCCGGGUCAUGUGAGGGGAGAGCCUGACUCCUUGCCACCCCUCCCAUUAGUAGCUUUAUCUGCCCCCAUUUUUGCCGCUUCUAAGGCCUCUGCCUUCAGGCCCCCAUGGGGCGGCCCAUCCCUGGCUCUGUCUAUAAGAAGGGGCUUAAUGCAUGUAUCUGCUCCCCACCCUGCUGUUUUUAUUGAAAUUGGUACCACAGUCUUGACCUGGGCAGGGCUGUAGUACAAGGUGCCAGCCUGCAUAGCCACCCCAAGAUCUCAGGAGCUUUUGGGGAGAGGUGUGGGUGAGGGGCUGGUAAGGUGCCCCUGGCCUCAGUGGUUUGUGUGUCCCUGUGGUGUUGGUGUCUGUCCCCCAGCCUGGGCAGUGCAGGCGACUGCCCAGCCCAGUCCCUAUGUCCACUCUGGCUCAGCAACCUGGUUAUUUAUGUGGGGUCGUGCAGGCAUGGGCCCCACUGCCAUCCCUGUUUCUCUUAUUUAUUGAAACUUUGCUGUUGUCCUGUCUUUGUCUCUAUUCCCAUCCAUUUAUUGGAUAAUAAAAGGUGGGAAAGUCGUGUCA